AUGUCGGACGGAACAGAAGUGAGGAGGAGUUUCAAGUAUAAGAUGGGCGGUCCGAAGGGCGUGGUCAUGUUUGCAUUAUUCUUCACUGUUUAUACGUUCUAUAUAACUGCCAAGUGCCAGACGGGAGAAUGGGACCUUCUGGACUUUCGUCUGCAGACCAACGAUGGGCUUGUAGCCGUUGAUUUGAAGAUUGCCGCUUAUAUUUUCCUUUGGUUCCUAGCACAGUGUUUUCUGUAUAUUCUUCCUAUCGGCGGACACAGGGAACCAGGCAUUAUUUUGCCAUCGGGUGAUCGGCUUUUGUAUAACACAAAUGCACUUACAGCACUUACUGCCAACAUAGCGUUGCUUGCCGCCGCAGUUGCGCUCGGCUAUGAUGUUAGACGUAUGACAAGUUCCCUAGUAAGCAUGUACAAGGCGUCUGUGUUUUUGUGUUUCACGUUCAGCGUUUAUUUAUACGUUAGAGGCGGCACAGCAGACGAACGUAAAAAGAACUCAAAUGGAUGUUCAGGGAAUGUUGCAUACGAUUGGUUUAUUGGACGGGAGUUAAAUCCAAGAUGGCGGUCACUCGACAUCAAAUACGUUCUUUUUAGAAGCGGAAUAAUCGGUUGGAUAAUCUUGAAUCUAUGUUCUCUUGUGGAAAACUGGACGACAUUUGAACGUUUUAAUUCGACAUUACUGUUACUCAACAUGAUACAAUUAACAUAUGUUGCGGACUAUUUUUGGUUUGAGAGCGGAGUGAUCGUGUCACGUGAUAUUGUUCAUGAAGGUCUUGGAUAUAAUAUUUUGAUUCAGUUCGUGAUGAUUCCGUUUUGUUUCUGUGUGCAGACAAGAUAUAUAUUGACAAACGACACCAGGUUACCAAAUACAGCUUUUUGUUGUAUUGCAAUAAUUUACACUACCGGUUACUACAUAUACAGAAGAAGUAAUUCCGAGAAAAAUGACUUCAGGAAAAAUCCUAACGAUCCAAAACUAUGGUAUUUGCAGACCAUGCCCACGUCAUCUGGCAAACGAUUGCUGAUAAACAGUUGGUGGGGUAUGUGUCGCCAUCCAAACUAUCUUGGCGACUUGAUUAUCUCCCUUAGUUAUGCUCUAUGCACAGGAUUUAGUCAUGUGGUACCGUACCUCGGAACUACUUUCUUAGUCCUUUUACUGCUGGAUAGAGAAAGACAAGACAACAACGGAUGCAAGCAAAAGUACGGUACCGACUGGGACAAAUAUUGCCGAAUUGUGAAAUAUAGAAUUAUUCCAGGAAUUUACUAGUCGGAUUUUUCCGGAAAUUAUUAAAACCAGAUUAAUAUAAAACAGAUUCGGAGCAUUAUCUCAAUUUAAUUAUGCGUUGAAUUUUGAAACAUUGUUGAAUAUAGUGUAACUUAGUAAUGUAUAAACUAGAAAUAAAAUUGUAUGUAUACAUAUGUUCAAACAAUUUAUGAAUAUUUUCGUAUUCAUGUUUUCAUGUUCGCCUGAAGAAAUUAUCUGAAAUACA